UUAAGCUCUGUGACGCGCCUCUGUCGUCUCUGCUGCUCGGUUGACACGGUGUGUUCCGGUUAGUGGUCUGCGGCGCCUCCAGGAGUUACUGAACGCUCUGAGGACGUCGCUGGAUCUCCAGUGGAAAAAUCUGUGUUUCAUCUGUUCUGUGGGAAGAAAGGAUAGUUAGGUUGCUGGUCUUCCUCCUUGAAGGACACCAUGUUUUCCAAACUAGCCCAUCUGCAGACCGUCGCUGUCCUUCGUCGUGGCGUUCAUUCUACAGUGGCUUCUGCGACGUCUGUUGCAACGAAAAGAACCGUCCAAGGGCCUCCAUCCUCUGAUUACAUUUUUGAGCGGGAAGCUAAGUAUGGGGCCCACAACUACCAUCCUUUACCUGUGGCCCUGGAGAGAGGGAAAGGUGUUUACGUUUGGGAUGUAGAAGGCAGGAGAUACUUCGACUUCCUGAGUGCCUACAGCGCUGUGAACCAAGGGCACUGCCACCCAAAGAUCGUGAACGCUCUGAAACGUCAGGUGGACAAACUGACCCUGACGUCGAGGGCUUUCUACAAUGACGUGCUCGGGGAAUACGAAGAGUACAUUACAAAGCUUUUCAACUACCACAAGGUCCUGCCUAUGAAUACAGGGGUGGAGGCUGGAGAGACUGCCUGCAAAAUCGCUCGUAGAUGGGGCUAUACGGUGAAGGGUAUCCCAAAAUACAAAGCAAAGAUCAUUUUUGCAGCUGGAAACUUUUGGGGAAGAACAUUGUCUGCGAUCUCCAGUUCCACAGACCCCACCAGUUACGACGGGUUUGGACCAUUUAUGCCAGGUUUCGAAAUCAUUCCAUAUAGUGAUCUGCCUGCUCUCGAGCGCGCGCUUCAGGAUCCAAACGUUGCCGCGUUCAUGGUAGAGCCAAUUCAGGGCGAAGCCGGCGUCGUGGUUCCGGAUCCAGGCUACCUCGUGGGCGUGCGCGAGCUCUGCACCCAGCACCAGGUUCUGUUUAUUGCUGACGAAAUACAAACAGGAUUGGCCAGAACUGGUAGAUGGCUGGCUGUUGAUCAUGAAAAUGUCAGACCUGAUAUCAUCCUUCUGGGAAAGGCACUUUCCGGUGGCUUAUACCCUGUCUCCGCGGUGUUGUGUGAUGAUGAAAUAAUGCUGACCAUUAAGCCAGGGGAGCAUGGGUCAACGUAUGGUGGCAAUCCCCUGGGCUGCCGAGUGGCCAUCGCAGCCCUUGAGGUUUUGGAAGAAGAAAACCUUGCUGAAAAUGCCGAGAAGAUGGGCACCAUCUUGAGAAAUGAACUCAUGAAGCUCCCUUCUGACAUCGUAACGACCGUACGAGGGAAAGGAUUACUGAAUGCGAUUGUCAUUAGAGAAACCAAAGAUUAUGACGCUUGGAAGGUGUGUCUUCGACUUCGAGAUAAUGGACUUCUGGCCAAGCCAACCCACGGCGACAUCAUCAGAUUUGCGCCUCCGCUUGUGAUCAAGGAGGAUGAGAUUCUGGAGUCAGUGGAAAUCAUUAACAAGACCAUCUUGUCUUUCUGAGGGCGAUGCCAGUGGGCAGCGGCCCCCCGGAGCCAGCUGGAGACAGGCAGGUCGUUGACGUCUUGUAAAAACCUCUGCGUUUCUGUGCUUAAUGCAGGCCUAGUCCACUCCCCCGUUUCAAGGGCUUUUUAAAACAUAUUUUUUAGUUCAUACAUAAUAGAAUGCCAUUUAUAAACGUGCACUUUGCUGGGUAACGUAACCAAGAGACUGUCCUGGCAUUUAUAUCUGAGAGUUUUGCGUGUGUGCGUGCGUGCUUGCUGAGGUGAGAAGCAGACUAUAUAGACACAGCCUUUUCAUCAAGCCCUUCAGUGUACGUUUCAUACGAUUUUAUAAUUUCCGGGCUGGUAUAAGUGUUGGUGUUGGAAAAAGUUAGGUGAGGAUAUUGCAUAGAAGACUUGAUUCACCUUAUGAAGUUGAAUUGCAAUCACAGACUUUUAGGAAGGGUUAAUGGUGAAGCUUAUAUAAAAAUGCUAGAUUUUGAGUAAACUCCAAAUUGGCCAACUCCAAGAUGUAUUCUAUGAAUGUCAUUUUUUUUGAAUUGAGAAUUUAUGUUUAACAUUCCUAGAUUAUGUUUUAAGUGUUUUGAUAUAAUUUGUUUAAAGUGUUUAUUUUCAGUGUUUCUUUAAAUUUAAAUAAAUCUCAUAUUUAAAAUGUC